GGGGAACGCAAGUUGCAACCACUGCGCUAGAUGAGAGCGCAGGCAGGACAUCCGAACUUCUCAACUUGCCUUGACAAGGAAACAGAAUACAUGGACCAGGAGGAAGGAAGGAACGACACAAACUGUCUUUUAGCUUGCUUCACCAACAUGACAUAACCAACAAAUGCACAUUUGUGGUGAAUUGUGCUACCUAGUUAGCUAGCUGGCUAACUUUCUAGCUAAAUAAUUCAUUGCCACAUUACAAGCUAGCUAGGCUAGCCAGAUUCGUUUACGAUCAUUAACGCGCACACGGCAGCUAGCUGAUGUUACUGUCUGAAAAGGCUGGGACGUCAACAUCACACGGGAAAACGUGCGGUGUUUAUUAACAUUUCGCUCGCUCAGUUACGAAUUUUGUUGUUAAUAACUAGAUGAAUUAGCUAGCUAGCUACAUACCAGACGAUAGCUAGUCUUGACAGCUAUCGUUAGCUAGCUACGUAUUCCAUGGCAUCAGUUUUGUUUGUAAACGUUCGCCUGGUUACAUACUGUUGGUUGUGACCGUGCCAAAGAAAUAGAUGUAUUAUUGAGAAUCAUGGCUAAAAUAGAGAAUGGUCGCCAGUCGGCCGACUCGAGAAGUAUCAGGACCAUUAGUAGCAGUCAUAUGGACGACGAGAGCUCCCUUGGCUCAGACUCCGAGAUGAACGGCUUUACCAAUGACAGGCACACUGAUAAAUAUGGAUUUAUUGGAGGGGCGCAACAGUAUUCAGAAGAAUCGGCUCAGGAUGUCCCUCCAGAGGUGCUGAGGCAGCGAGAGGUCAAGUGGCUAGACAUGCUGAGCAACUGGGACAAAUGGAUGGUCAAGAGACACAAAAAGGUGAGACUGCGGUGCCAGAAAGGAAUCCCACCCUCACUGCGAGGCCGUGCUUGGCUCUACCUGUCAGGAGGAAAAGUGAAGAGGGAACAGAACCGGGGGAAGUUCGAGGAGCUGGACAGUCAGGCUGGAGACCCAAAAGAGCUGGAUGUGAUUGAGAAAGACCUGCACAGACAGUUCCCCUUCCAUGAGAUGUUUGUAUCACGAGGGGGCCACGGACAGAAGGACCUGUUCCGUGUUCUGAAGGCCUACACGCUGUACAGGCCAGAGGAGGGCUACUGUCAAGCCCAGGCCCCCAUUGCUGCUGUGCUGCUCAUGCACAUGCCUGCUGAGGAUGCAUUCUGGGGGCUGGUCCAAAUUUGUGAGAAGUACCUCCCUGGAUACUACAGUGCAGGGCUGGAGGCCAUCCAGUUAGAUGGAGAGAUCCUGUAUGCUUUGACGCGGCGUGUCUCCCCCAUAACCUACCGCCACCUGGAGAAACAUAAAAUAGAGCCCAUUCUCUACAUGACAGAGUGGUUCAUGUGUGCCUUCUCCCGCACCCUGCCCUGGGCCUCAGUUCUCCGUGUCUGGGACAUGUUCCUCUGUGACGGUGUGAAGAUAAUUUUCCGGGUGGGCCUGGUGCUGCUGAAGUGCAUGCUGGGUACCCGUGAGAAGCUGAAUGCGUGUCAGGGCCAGUAUGAGACCAUGGAGCUGCUGAGGACCAUAGAGCCACGCUACAUGCAGGAGGGCUUCCUCGUCCGGGAGGUUCUGGAUGUGCCCAUCUCAGAGCGGGACGUUGAGAGCGAGCACCAUGUUCAGCUGAAGCGCUGGAGGAAGAACCGCGGUGAGCUGCACUGGAAGUCUCCUCCCAGAAUGCACGGUGCCAGGGCUAUCAUGGCUUCGGAGCCUCCCAGUCGCCAGGACCUUCGUCAGAACCCCACCAUCAUCGUCGAGUCGCCCCUGCCUGCCCCUCAGCUGCAGAAGAGAGAGAAGAAGGGCAAAGAGGAGAAGAAGAGCAUUAAGAAAGAAAGUAUGAAGAAAACCCCUCCUGUCACGGAGAUCCCCAACCCUUAUAAUUUACCUGGUGACCCUCAGCUUCCACUCAGAGAUCCUCAGCUUCCACUCAGAGAUCCUCAGCUUCCACUCAGAGAUCCUCAGCUUCCACUCAGAGAUCCUCAGCUUCCACUCAGAGAUCCUCAGCUUCCACUCAGAGAUCCUCUGCUUCCACUCAGAGAUCCUCUGCUUCCACUCAGAGAUCCUCUGCUUCCACUCAGAGAUCCUCUGCUUCCACUCAGAGAUCCUCUGCUUCCACUCAGAGAUCCUCUGCCUCAGCUUCCACUCAGAGAUCCUCAGCCUACUCUGAGAGACUCACCAGCACAGAAGCCCCUCGUCAAUGACACACCCCUCCAAAACACACUUAAAGACUCUCACCUUCCCCAACAACCAGCCCUUAAUGACCAACCAGCACUCAACGACCAACCAGUCUUUAACGACCAGUCUCUUCUCAAAGAGUCGCCCCUCCAGAUGUCCAGACAGAGCCUGAGUAGCACAGAGGCAGAUCAUCAGGACACAUACCUGUAGCUCUCGCUGUGGGCAGAAGGUGGAACUGCAUGUGUGAAACUGGGCCUGAUGGUGAGUGAGAAGAACUGGAACAACCCCUGUUUUAUCCUGGACAGUUCUCAUUCACUCACUCACUCACUCACUCUCAGGCCCUCUGCAUGCCAACCAAGCCCUCUGUCUCUUUAUCAGGCACUAGCACAGCUCAGCCAUAUACCAGCAACUGGGUGUACCAUGGCUAAUGUCACUGCAGCCCAACUAUGGGCGACAAUUGUAUAUUUUUCAUAUGAUUUUUAUUCUGCCUGCUUUUAAGACACCGUAUUGCCUAGAGCAAGCACACAGUCAGCAGCAUACACGAAUGCAUCACUGCCAAGUGUUAUAAUACUUUCAUCCUUAUGUUACCUCACCUUACCUUACCAUGCUUCUUCACUCUGACUGUUACUGAUGUGCAAGGGAGAUGGUGUUCUUUGUGCAAGGGAGAUAGUGUUCUUUGUGCAAGGGAGAUAGUGUUCUUUGUGCAAGGGAGAUAGUGUUCUUUGUGCAACGGAGACAUGCUAUUGAUUUAUUGGUUGUGUAGUUGUAUACAUAAAACAAUCAUCACCUAAUAGACUAUCUGAUUCUAGGGUUUAACAAGAGACUUGAUUAAAUCAAACUGCCUUCAUUCACACAAAAUGGGAGUGUUUAAAAUAUAUAUAUAUAUAUAAUCAAACCACCUGUGGUUUGUAGGUAAUAGAAAUUGGAAAUGUUAACUUUUUUAAAACUAAGCUAUACUACUAUUGAUACUUUUUAAAUUUAAUGUAAACACUUGCCAUUUCAUUUUGAUUAAUGCUUAAGAAAGAGCUGGGUAAAUAUUGUUUCAAGUCAGGUUGGUUGAGUCAAAUUCCCAGUUGGCCUUAUCGAUAAGUAAAGAGCUUCCAUCCUUCACCACCA